AGUGGGGUGGACUUCAGGUGGGCAGAUCCCACAAGGCCGACCAACUGGUCCUCAGGGAACCACGUAGCAGCUUAUGGAUGCUGCUGCUGCGGCUAAUAAAGGGUUGCCGUGGCAACGAGGAAAACGAACGCCGCUGUCCCGGCAACCGUGUUCCAUGCAGCGAGAGGCGAACUGAACGUCUAUGGAAGCAGAGCCCGUUGCAUUGUGGGAAACGUAGUUUCUUUUCCUGUUUUGUUUCCACAAUUCAUAGGCCGUUCGUCGGCAGAGUUCCCGCGCUUUCCUAGAUGAGGCAUUAUCCCGCACGCACCAAACGAGAGAAAGAAACAACCAUUCCGACCAGCGCCUCCAAGAGAAAAACGAGGAAGAGCGGGUGAAAAAUAAGAACGAACAGACUUAGGAACGUCAAGCUUUAAGAAAAAGGCAUAAUAAAGCCAGAGGAUUGUGGGAAGGCGGCCUCUCGCGAUGGCGCCUGGGACGCGUAGUUCCAAGCUCCCUCCUGCCCCGCCCCCUCCCGGAGGAAACCCGCGCUUUUCCAAGCCUGGGCUCGCGGUGCCCGGUGGGAAAGAGAGUUCCGGUCUCGCCGCGGUGCUUUGUGGGGCGGGUAGUUCCGUUUCCUGUGGCGCUCUCGGGGAGGGCAGGCUGCCGCUGUGGCGUCGGCGCCGGAGAAGGAGCUGCAGCCGCCGCCUUCUGGGACUCGCAAUCGGGAGGCCUUGUGGGAUCUGUAGUCCCGCCGCCUCGGGCCCGCCGGGGGAAGGAGGAGGAGGCGGCGGCGGCGGAGGAGGAGGAGGAGGCAGGCACCCCGCGCAGACCAUGCCCGGGUUCACGUGCUGCGUGCCAGGCUGCUACAACAACUCGCACCGGGACAAGGCGCUCCACUUCUACACCUUCCCGAAGGACGCGGAGCUGCGCCGCCUCUGGCUGAAGAACGUGUCCCGCGCCGGCGUCAGCGGCUGCUUCAGCACUUUCCAGCCCACCACGGGCCACCGCGUCUGCUCCGAGCACUUCCCCGGCGGGCGCAAGUCCUACCUGGUGCGCGUCCCCACCAUCUUCCCCUUGCGGGGCGUCAACGAGCGCAAAGGGGCGCGCGGCGGGCGGAGACCCCGCCACGCCCCCGCCCAGGCGGCCGCCCAUGCCGCCGCCGCUGCCCAGGUGGCCGCCCAAGCCGCCGCGCAAGCCGCGAUGCUGCUGACUUUGCAAGAGGGGGCGGCCGGCCAGGCGGGCCAGGGCCUCCUCCGGGCGGCGGCGGCGGGGGGAGGAGGAGGAGGGGGCGUCGGGCCCGACGGCCUCCCCGGGGAGGACGUCAAGCCCAUGGACCUGACGGUGCAGAUGGAACUGGGGGGUCCCGGCGCCCUCAUGGGGCCCCCGGUCCACCUGGCCUUCCUGGCCGACAACGGGCCGCUGCUGGACGUCCCGCCGGACCAUUCCUACUCGCUGUCGUCGGGCACCACGUCGGACGAGCUGCUGCGCAAGCUGAACGAGCAGCGGGACAUCAUCGCCCUGCUGGAAGUCAAGAUGAAGGAGAUGAAGGGCAGCAUCCGGCGCCUCCGCCUGGCCGAGUCCCAGCUGCGGGAGGAGAUCCGGGAGAAGGACCGCUUGCUGCACGCCGCCAGCUUGGCUGGGGGGGCCCGCAAGCGCCACGGCCUCUGAAAGACGACCCUGCGGAGGGGGAUCUUGGAAGGGGACGGGGGUGUGCAACUCUUGCAUCCGGGCAACAAAGACUUGCAUUGGAGGGAGAAAAGACAAAUGAUGCUCCAGGCAGCUGCCCAAAUGACCUUUUUCGCCCUGGUUAGGCAGCGCUACCCUGCCACGGGGGAGUGACCAGUUCUGAGCCCCUGGUUCUCUGCUUCCGAAGCCCAGGCUCCUUUGUGGCCCGGAUUUAAUCCGCGGGACCUAAAGACAGUCCUUAACAUUUAUCCCACCGAGACUCCGCUGCAAUACUUUUAAAAAGAUGGCCUGGGAUUCUGGUCGUUCUGGCUGAUGCUCCUUGCAUUACAUAUACUGUUCUGAGCGUCGUGGCAAGUCCACGGCUGCUGUGGUACUCUGGGUGAUGCCGGCUCGGUUGGAACCUUUUUAGCAUUCAUUGCCCUCGUGAAGCUAGACUGUUAGCGUCUGCCACCUGCAGCCAAACCACAUGUUGUGUACAAAGCUAAUUUUGAGGAAAGAAUCAGUUGCUUUCUAGACAGGCGCACUCGGGUUGUUAACCGUUGUAACCGUUCGUACCGGAGUCAAUGAAGGCGGCCAGGGCACUGUGUCACAGCGUUGUACCGGGAUUGUUUUGCGGAAAAUGUCAUGUGAAAAAUCACAGCCAUCAGUGCAUUUAUCUUUCCUUUUUAUGAAAGGGAGUUGUAGGCAAUUCUCUCUCUGCCCGCCCCCCCCCCCAGAACCUUUUGAUGCAGAGUGUGCCAUUUCUAUUGUCAAAACGAAUCCUUAAUAUUUAAAGAGGAUAUCAGGAGGAUGUUGUUUGUUAUCUCCAUAUUGCCAUUGGAGUUAGUUUUUGCUUCUGUUUCUCUUUCAGCUGACAAAGGCGUGUUUAUUUCGUUGGAGCUGCUGUGACCUGAUGACAUUGAUGAGGAACAGAAUGGCCAGCUGUCCAAUUUUUUUUAAAAAAAUUGGUUAUAGUAUUUUUUUUCCAGCAUCAAUAUGAAUAGGAACCACAGUCAUAUAUAUUGGUUAUAUAUGUUGUACACAUCCACAAUUAAAGUUAAAUUUUAAAGCUUGAAAACAUACUAUGAUGAAAGUAUAUGUUUAAUGUGAUUAUUCUUUCUCCCUAUUAUACUACGCCAUAAGAUUCACCCAGUUCUUUCGUUCUUCUGCAAUUGGUGUAAGUGACUGUAUAGGAUAUGACAGUAGAAAUUUAGGAUUUACAUUCAUUGGAUUGUACAAACUCUCAGCUGUAGUCAUUGAGAACUCUUAUCCAGUCCUUGUGAGUAGAAGUUCCAAGAACAAUGUCCAUUUUUUGCUAUUAUUUUGGAUUUAAAUACUAACUCCAAAUUUAGCAAAUUUCAGUGCUGCCCUAUACUUCGGAUGCAGAAUACCUUUGCUAUUGAGUUUUGCAUUUAGGUCAGGUUUGAGCACACACCUUUUUGAUUUGCUCAUAUUCACCUUUUAGGAUCCUGGGCAAUACAUUGGUUUUCUCUCUGUAAAUAAAUGCCUGUGCAUUCUAGCUGGCUGAGAGUGUUUUGAAGGUGUGUGUUGUGACCAAUGUGGUACUUUUCUACCAUCAUUAUGCACUAAAACAUGUUCAGUUGAUUGGACUGCUGAACUGGUUAUCUAUGUUGGACUGUUCUAUUUUCCUGGUUAUCCUGAGGUGCUAACAAAUACGCUUAAUUUGAAUAAAAUCUAUUUUGUUUUGUUA